UGUCGUUGCUUUCGAAAAACGAGAGAGAACAUAAGACCUGGCUUGCUUUGUUCUUUCCUCCACCGCCUGCCAUUGCGUUGGCCUCUAGUGUUUGUUAGGUUUGAUCCGGAGAAAGAGGCGAGCUUUGGAAGUCUUUGAUGGCGCACUCGGUUCUUCUCAGAUCUGCGUCUCCCUUGAUCGAAAGAUCGCGAGAGGUAUUAGCUUCCGAUUCUGACAGGGUGCCUGGUAUCCACUCUUCUUACUCGGCUCAGACUCGGGCAAAUUUUUUGGGUUCUGGAGUGACCUCUCCGCGCCGUUGUUCUAAAUAUAAUGGGAGCAAAAGCAUUCAGCCACUUAAAGCCACAGUGACUGAAGCCCCUCAAAUUGUUAAGGGAUCUUCAAGUAGUGGAAAGACAAAGGUCGGAAUUAAUGGAUUUGGUCGCAUUGGUCGGCUUGUAUUACGAAUAGCAAUGGCUAGAGAUGACAUCGAUAUUGUGGCUGUGAAUGAUCCCUUCAUUGACUCUAAAUAUAUGGCAUACAUGUUAAAGUAUGAUUCAACACAUGGUACCUUCAGCGGAUCCAUCAAAGUUGUGGAUGAGUCCAACUUAGAAAUCAAUGGUAAAAGAAUUUCUGUUACUAGAAAAAGGGAUCCAACUGAGGUUCCCUGGGGUGAUUUUGGAGUAGAAUAUGUCGUUGAAUCUUCUGGUGUUUUUACAACGAUGGAGAAAGCAUCAGCCCACCUAAAGGGAGGUGCAAAAAAAGUGGUAAUAUCAGCUCCAUCUGCUGAUGCUCCUAUGUUUGUGAUUGGUGUAAAUGAGAAGACAUAUGAGUCCGGCAUGAGUAUUGUCUCAAAUGCAAGUUGCACAACCAACUGUCUUGCUCCUCUUGCCAAGGUUGUCCAUGAGGAGUUUGGCAUUGUUGAGGGGCUCAUGACUACUGUUCAUGCGACCACAGCGACACAGAAAACUGUUGAUGGCCCUUCAAUGAAAGAUUGGCGUGGGGGGCGUGGUGCUGGACAGAACAUCAUCCCCAGUUCAACUGGUGCAGCUAAGGCUGUUGGAAGAGUCCUUCCGGACCUAAAUGGGAAGCUCACUGGAAUGGCUUUCAGGGUUCCUACACCUAAUGUUUCUGUUGUAGACUUAACUUGCCGACUUCAAAAAAGUGCAUCAUACGAGGAUGUCAAGGCAGCCAUCAAGUUUGCAUCAGAGGGUACCCUGAAUGGCAUUCUUGGAUACACUGAAGAUGAUGUCGUCUCAAAUGAUUUGGUCGGUGACUCAAGAUCUAGUAUCUUUGAUGCUAAAGCUGGUAUUGGCUUAAGUGCUUCUUUCAUGAAGCUGGUCUCAUGGUAUGACAACGAAUGGGGCUACAGCAACCGAGUGCUUGACCUCAUCAAACACAUGGCUCUGGUGAGUGCUCGCCAUUGAAUUGCGCCUGAAAACUUACCUAACGACAUGCUGCUUCUUAUGGAUUGGAGACUUUCUAGUGCAUGGAAAACCGAUUUUGAUGUGGUUGGCUGUUUUACAUGUUGUUUUUAGUUGAAUAAAUGUAGCAUGGGAACCUCAUUUUGACAUUGCUACGAUUUACAUAACAAGUGUUAUGCCAAUUGCCAUGGAAGUUAAGAUUGCUAUGGGCAAUUGGGAAUAUACGAUGUAAUUAUUUAUUAUGGUUGCUAAUAAUCAAGGGUAGCAACAGCUGAAUUUGGAAACAUGAACAUUGUAUUACAUUCAAUGGGAUUAUUCAUUGUAACAAA